AUGCCUCAACAUCAUCAACAGCAUCAACAAUCCCAGCCUCAACAUCUUUCAGUUCCAACACAAUAUCAACCUGGCCCAUUGACCCCACCUUCGCCAGCAUCACUCAGUCCACGCUCGCCAGACCUUGGUAGUGACUUGAUGGAAGGAUCAACCAACAGCAAGAAGGGCUUCUAUGGUUUGACUUCCAACUUGUUGGAGUUGUGCCAAAAGAUCGAUCAGGAACAUGGUGUCACAAGGGACAGGUCGGUAAUGCUCAAUGAGUUGCACUCUGAGCUGGAUGGCAUCAUCAAGAAGAUCAACAGGGUCAAGAAGAACAAGCUGCCCUACCCACCAGUCAUCCCAGCCGACGUCGAGAAGAAGGACUUUAUCGACCUGCGUCCACGUCGCAACAGGAAGAGCAAGGGCGGUCCCAAGAAGGACCAGGAGGACGACUUGGUGUGUCUGCGCUGUGGCACCAAGGAGUCGCCAGAGUGGCGCAAGGGUCCCGAUGGAUGCAAGUCGCUGUGUAACGCCUGUGGAAUCUAUUUCUCCAAGACCAAGAAGCGCGAGCUUGAGUCCUCCACCAAGAACAUUGUCCUGUUGCCCAGUAUCAUCACUCCCACCAUAUCAAAGUCCAGCGACAGCAUCGACAACACCUCAACUACUGGACCAUCAUUGGCAGCGAUCAGUAUAAACAGUCUAAUCUCAAACAACACUGAUGAUAGUGACUCGCCAUCAAUGUCUUGA